CGCCGUCUGACCGGAGAGGGCCGGGCCCGACGGGGGGCACCGGACUGCGAGCCAUGGGGUAUUGCAGCGGCCGGUGCUCGCUCCUCUUCCUCUGUGGCAUGCAACUGGUUUCUGUGCUGGAGAGGCAGAUAUUUGAUUUCCUUGGUUAUCAGUGGGCACCAAUCCUGGCAAAUUUUGUGCACAUUAUUAUAGUCAUACUUGGCUUAUUUGGAACCAUCCAGUAUAGACCCCGCUACAUAACAGGAUAUGCUGUCUGGCUAGUCCUCUGGGUUACAUGGAAUGUGUUUGUUAUCUGCUUCUACUUGGAGGCUGGGGAUCUUUCAAAGGAAACAGAUCUCAUUCUGACCUUUAAUAUCUCAAUGCACCGCUCCUGGUGGAUGGAAAAUGGGCCAGGCUGCACAGUGACAUCAGUAACCCCAGCCCCAGAUUGGGCACCGGAAGAUCACCGCUACAUCACUGUCUCAGGGUGUUUGCUUGAAUACCAGUACAUAGAAGUGGCUCACAGUUCCUUUCAGAUCUUCCUUGCACUGGCAGGUUUCAUCUAUGCCUGUUAUGUUGUGAAAUGUAUUACUGAAGAAGAAGACAGCUUUGAUUUCAUAGGUGGAUUUGAUUCUUACGGCUAUCAAGGCCCACAGAAGACAUCUCAUUUACAGCUACAGCCCAUGUAUAUGUCAAAGUAAUUAUGGUCACUUCUGUGUGGGGGCUGAAGGACCUGGGAAUCUUGUUUCAGAAUGGCUCCCCAUGUUCUACCAAGAGCAAAAAAAGAAAGAAAGAAACUUUGUGUUAAAAACUGAGUGUACACUGAGACAAAAGACAAAGGGAGCAUUCGGCCUCUCUUUCUAACAAGUACAGACAAAGAUGCGCUGGAUACCCCUAUCUUGGAUUUCCUGAAUACACAGAGUAACUGCCAGGCUUUUGGAAGGUUCAGCAAGAGAAGCAUUGGUGCCAUCUUCUGGCCAUUAUCCUACCUUUACCACCUUCAUCCCUGCCUAGCUGAAUUAUGAAACGAACUUGUCCAGUUCAGUUCUUUCUGAGACCCUUUCAAACUCCUAGUAGCAUCAAAUCUCCUUAGUCAAUAUAAUACUAAAAAUACCAUGAUGACCUUGUAACAGAAGUCAAUAGACAGCAAGUUGUUUGCCCUAAAGGCUGUACAGUACAUACUUGCCUUAACCCAACUAAGCUGCACAUCAGAGAAACUCAGUGCAGGCUUUCUGAAGUAACUUCCUUUAGGCUCAACAUGCUGCUGUUAAUUCUGAAAGAUUUCUAAGUCAGUGAGUUUCUUUUCCUUUCUUUUCUUUUCCGUGUCAGGGAAUAAAACUCUGUUGCACACAAGCUCCAGAGUGACUGAGUAAGAAAACUGCCAGCUGUCAGAGAAGUGCUUUACUAUUGAGCCUCCACAGUGGUCAAGAAAACACUUUAUAACACUGAAAAAAGAGAGCUCUUUUGGGGGCUGGGGCUUGGGAAAGGGAUAAAGGGAAUCUCUCAAUAAACUAAUAAGUGAACCUACUGGAAAUAAGCAGAAGAAACAGUGCUUCUUACCCCACUGUUUGUAUUUAUCGCACUGUAGGUGCUUUUAUAACUAACUGAAAAUAUGUCUUUUACUAAUGACAGAGACAUCUUCAGAUUUCUAUCAACAGAGGCCAACUGAAUAUGUAUUAACUAUGUUUACUCUUUUAUAUCUAAUUUCAAUUGAAAAAUCCUAUGUAAGUGAGCAUUUUUUUCUAACUGCACCAUAGGGAUCUAUCUAUAUUUUUUUUUGUUUCAAUUGGGGUAGGGGGGAGGGUCUAGCUGCGUUGGUGAAAUAUUGGAGAUCUUUUUGUGGUAUAUUUGGGGGAUCUGUUGUGUGUUAGAAUGUGUAUUUUAUCUUCCUGUAUUACUGUGGCUGAAACAAAAACUGUGCUGUUAUGUAGUCGGCAACAAGAUGCCUUUGGGAAUUUUACUAGUAGGUCAAUGUGUAUAUGAAAUACUCUGAAAUCCUAGAAAGUUUGUUCUGUCCUGAAUUUUAUCUGUAUUUUCAAGCACUUAGACAGCUUUCAUUAGGAAAAAAAAUAUUUUGCUCAGGCUUUUCAGGAACUUGGAUUGUCAUUGUUUCUUUCUUCAACACCUGCAUCAACAAAUGCACACACCUGCCACAUGCAGAUGAAAACCACAUGUACCUGAGAGCACGAGUGAAGUCUGGUGCUUGGAAAAGCUCAAGGCAUCACCUGGUGACUCUUUUCCUAGCUUCCCAUGACUUCCAAGUUACAUUAACCUAUGUGCUAAGUUUACUUACCCAUUUUUAUAGAAAUCAAUACCCUUUGCUGUGUUUGCAUGGAUGUACUGUAAUGUGUCACAUACAAUAACUCUGUAUAACGACAGAGAAGCAGGCAUUCACCACUGAAAAUACGAUGCAAGACAGGUUCAGGAAAUAUACAUAGAUUUAUUCAGUUAUAAACGUGUGUGUUUGUGCGUGCACGUGUGUAUAUGUGUGUACACAUCUGUAUGUAUGCAUGAUACACACACAUGUAUAGAAGAAAAUAGCACACUGGAGUGGAUUGGACAUGAAGCCAGGAAUUUGAGUUCUAAUCAGUAGUAUAAUUAGCAAUGGGCAAGGAAGGCAUGAACUCUGGAUGCUUAACUAAGCAGGAACUCUGGAACAGAGGCAGGGGACCCAAGACUUCGGCAGCUGAGGCCCACAGCAGCAUGGAGCAGUGGAUGUAGGUUCAUGAGAGGUAGUGGAGGGACAGAAGAGGGAGUCUGCCACUGAAUUUGGCAUUUUAUAUUGUUGCUCAGCAUGGCAUUUAGCAGCACCCUCAAACCCUCUGCCUGUACCCCCAAGCUGUUGUGUUAUGAUCACUAACUCCCAGUCCACGCCAAUGUAGACAAUGGCUUCUGAAGCCUUCCUGCCUCUGUUCCAGAGCUGCUCCUGCCUCAGAGUCAAGGCUCUGCUCCCCAGGGUGCCAAAAAUACUAGUCAUUCCUCUGAUUCUAAUCCUAGUUCCUGUCAUUGGCUUUCUCUGUGACCUUAAGCAAGUCCCUUUGGCUCUGAACCUGCAAAUGUUUAAGUCUGCUGGAUUGGAUCAUUAAUCAAAAAUGUUCCAACCUGAAUACCAAUAGUUAUUUCUUAAAUCUGUAUUUAGUAGGACUGGAUUCCAUUCUGCAGGAAUUUGGACACCUCCAUUUUUUCCUUCUGAAUCAGGAGGAAGGUGUGAAAUUUCCUGUCAAAUUAAAUUUCUGUUAUAUAUUGUUCCAAGCCUAUUGAAACAUUUCAUUUUGAUAAUAAUACUAUAUAUAAAUACACACACAAACACACGCAUAUAUACAUAUACCUAAAUAUACAUGUAUGUAUGUAUUCAGUAUUUAUACUGAAAAAAACCACGAAACCUGGGAGGAAAACCAUUGGAAAGAAAAAGUGAAGAAAAAAUUCUUAAGUUUUUCCCCAUAGAAAAUUUCCUGUAAAUUACAAAUCUAUGAAAUUGAAAUUUUUGAAGGAAAAAAGUACUUCAAAAUAGAUUUUGACCAGUUGUAAUAUUUAGGUACCUAAACAAUGGCUUGAUUUUGAAAAAAAAAGAAUAAACACUCAUGUCUGGCAUUGAUUAUCCAGCAUUUUUGAAAGUCAAGCAGUACAUUUAGGUACCUAUAUUUGGAUUUAGGGUCCUAACUUUAGGAGUUUGGUGUUAUCUCUGUAUCACUUUCCUUGACUAUAAAAUAGGUAUAAUAAUACUUGCCACAAACUCAUUGUGAGGAUUAAUUAAUUUGUGCAGCACUUAGAAAUGAUAAAGCAAUUAUAAGUGCUAAGUCUUACUAUAAUAAAUAGAUAGCGAGUGUAUUUAUAUGUUGUUUAUAGAUAUAUAUAUGUGCAAGAUACAUAUAUGCACACUUGCAUACACACAAACACACACAUAAAAUCAAUAUUCAUGUCCUUGCUUAAGUUACAGUUAAAGCACCACUGUAAAUUAUUUCAAGAUUGUUGACUACUAAAUGAAAUUAUUAGUGGGCAGAUUGAUUUUAGAAGCUGUCUAGAGCACAGUAGUGUGAGAAUAUCUGGAUGACAUUUUUGAAUUGUACAGCGGUAUCCUCCUCCAAAUCCAGUAAAAAAUGUUAUUUUUCUAGACUGGGCUUUUGUUAUAACCUAAAUAUUUAGAAGGCAAGAGUUAUAAUCCAAAAUGUGUGGGUUUUUUCCUUUUUUUUUUUUUUCUUUUUUUUUGGUUUUUGGUUUUUUGUUUUGGCAUUUGUUAAUUCUGAAUGUAUUUUUAACAAGUGAUCUUUUUGACUUACUAGUGUAAUUUGCAUUUAAAAAUAAAUGGAAAAAAUAUAGGUUUCCAAGCUA